AUGAGUAACGGCACAUAUCACGUUGUGGGUUAUUUUGUACCCUUUUAUGGCAAGGGCGGCGGCAAUGGCGUGGAUUUAGAGUUUCUGGAGCCGCUCAACGAAGGGUUAAGCCAUUCUUUCUGUUAUGUUAGACCGUUAAUUUUUGAAUCUCCUGCCAUUACCCCUACAAACUCUGAAAGGUUUACCCUUGAUUCCAGCACUUUUGAUUCUGAAACAUUAAGUGGCUCAUUCAAACAUGAUACUACCAUAGAUGAUCAUCCCUCAGGUUUACAUAAGCCCACCAAGUUAUUCCCAGAAACCACAUUCAAGACUAUGUCGGGGGCUUUUGUCAGUGCUCAUUUCUUUACCACUCGCAUCGACAACCAGAUUGCACUCAUAACUACUGAUGUUCAAGAACCCGCGACCUAGUUCCAGAACACCUCCUCGUUCUCUGCAAUUCCUUUGCAGCCUGCACGUCAUGGCUCUGGACCUUUGAAUGGCUUUAUGUCUAGGCUUCUGGAGAGAUGUUUUGCUUCCAGUCCUCUGGAAAGGGGUGACGGUUUCAUGUCUGAGCCACUGGAGGAGGGUGUCAUGUCUGGUCCAAAUGAUUAUACUGACAAAUCUAACUUUUCUGCUCCGCUUGCACGCGGUAGUGGAAGACCAGGCUUCCAGCGUCUUAUGAGGAGUGUUAGUGUGCCAAUGAAAAACGCAUUCCCUUGGACCUUCUCAAGACAUUCUGUGGGGUAUGGUUGGAUGCAAUGGUUCUUCUUGCACCCAGUGACUCAACUUUCCCGGAAUCCUAAAAAGCCAAAAUAUUGGCCAGAGGCUUCACAAAACCAUCAUGAAGGGGGGCGCCGUCAUGAAGGGGAAUAUAGAAAUACUCAUAACUUGCAAUGGGCUCAUGGCAAGGUUGGUGAAGAUAGGGUUCAUGUUGUGCUCUCCGAAGAGCAAGGGUGGUUAUUCAUUGGGAUAUAUGAUGGGUUUAGCGGCCCAGAUGCACCAGAUUUUCUGAUGAGCAAGCUCUAUAGAGCAAUUGACAAAGAACUCGAGGGUUUGCUUUGGUAUUAUGAAGAUAUAUCUCCAGUGAUCCACCAAAGCAGGAACUCUUAGAACCGGAAAGCCAAGGUUGGUCUAGUGACCAGCAAGAAGGACCUUUCAAAUCUUUCUUCAAAUCAAGAAAUUUUUAGUAGUGUAAUAUAUCCAUGUAAUCCAGGAAUUGCCAAGGGUCAAUCAUCUAGGUUUGAAAUAGUCGAGGAAAACAAUGGAGUUAGGAUCGGUAUUGAAUAGGACUUACCUCAUUGCAAACAAACCAGUAUCUCGGAUACUGCUUCUAUUUAUGUUCCAGCUGCAAUUGUAACUGGUCAAGGAAGAAAAAACUUGUAACUUUAUGAGCUACUCUAGAUGGAAAAUUAAGAUGGACAAGAUUCUCUGUCACCUUCAGAGCUCGAUAGGAAUACAAAUACUUUUGAUACACCAGAUAAAAAUCCCAAGUAUAGCUAUGUGAAUCCCAAGGGAGAUGUUUGUGGCCUUUGGGGUGAAGACCCUAUUACUCCAGGAGGGAGAGGUGGAUGCGCUUGUAUUGAAUCCAGUUAUCAAGAUGGUAUUGAUGUGGUUUCCGUUUCAGGACAGAGGCAGGGUAUACGAAAGAUUUCAAUGAGCUCAAAGAUUAGAAAACUGUACAGAAAGCAUAAAUCAUUGCAUAAAAAACUAUUGCCUUGGAACUAUGAUUGGCUUAGAGAAAAGGCUUGCAUCGAUGAGAAAAUGGGCGAGUAUGUGGGACCUAUUAUGAAGUGCAAAUCAAGAAUUGUGGAUCAUGCAUUAGUUUUAAGAGCAAUGGCUCGAGCUCUUGAUCAGACUGAAGAGGAUUACAUGGAAAUGGUGGAAAAGGCUCUUGACAAAAAUGCAAAACUUGCUUUGAUGGGAUCUUGUGUUAACCUUGGUGAUAGCCGUGUAGUUUUGGCACAAGAAAGACCAAACGAUCGCCAUCCUAACCCAAAUUUAAGAAAGGAUGAUGUGUGGCAUAGGAAUAAAUUCAGAGAGUCAUUAGCACGUAUGGAGUUGGACAGAAUAUCAGAAGAAUGUCCAGUGCAUAAUCAAAAUGGUCAAGUAAACAAGAUAAAAAAAAACAGAGAGAUUUCUUUAUGCAGAUUAAAGAUGAGGGCGGUUCAGCUUUCAUCCGAUCACAGUACAAGUGUGGACGAGGUGUGUUGGUAAUUAGUGUAUGAAAGUCACAUAUAUAAUUUAGUAUAUUGAUAUAGCUUCUUAGGUGUAUGACUGAUUGUAGCUUUAUCAAUGAACCUAUUUUGUUUGCAGCCAACAUGUAAUGAUGCUCUGCUGGAGAUGUUCCAAGUUGAUUAUGUGGGAACUGCUCCUUACUUAAGCUGCAUUCCUUUCGUUGUUCAUCAUCGACUUUCCUCAAGUGACCGAUUUUUAGUACUGUCAUCGGAUAGGCUAUAUCAAUAUUUCAGCAAUCAAGAGGUAGUUGCCCAUGUCACUUGGUUCAUGGAAAAUGUUCCGGAAGGUAAUCCUGCACAAUAUCUCAUUACGGAGCUUCUCUCCAUGUUGAAAUAAAGAAUGGUUAGUCCACUAAUUUACUUGUCUCAUUAUCUCAAUAGAAGCUUACAUGCCAUAACUCUUAUCCCAAAGGAAAACAGAAAAAAAAAAAUGAAAAAGAAAACUAGAGAGCAAGAUGAUAUGUAUUGAUGUGGCGCCUGGAUUGCUUUGGACUAUCUUUCAUUUGUAUACAACUCCUUGCUCGUGGACACCUUUUAAUUGUGUGUAUCUCCUUCCUUAACCUUUACAUAACGUAUUUUAUACGGUUUCUUGGGAAAGGUCAAAUGUAGAGCAUCGUAGCUGGUUUAUCUGUUGUUAUAAUAUAAUAGGACUCUGGAGACAAUAAAUUAACGAAGCUGCUUAAUCUUCAUAGAUGCAGUUUUGUUGGAAACCCCUUCACUCAGGCUUUAGACUUCAGCUGUCUGUUUUGAGA